AUGGAUGAACAAUCAUUUGAUGAUCAAAAUGGAAAAUUUGCUCUUACCUUUAGUUCUAUUUACAAAACACCACUACUACGUGAAUAUGUUCAAAAUUUAAAAAGUAAAAAAGCUAGAAGAUUAAGUGAUAUAUCAGCUGAUGUACUAGGAAAACGUUUUACAUUUGAUGAUUUAAAUGAAUUAUAUAGAUAUCAUCUUAGAACAUCAACUUCUGAAAUGAAAGAAAUUUGGGGUGAACCUAAAGAAGGUAUGUUACCGGAUGACUUUGUUAAAGUCAUAAUGCCAUAUACAUUUCCUAAAGAUAUUGGUGAAAUUUAUCAUUGGACAGUAUUAAAUAAUGGUUCACCAACAAAUUUUUAUGAAGGAUUAUCAUUAUUUGAAGGUAAUGCUGUUACAAGUGUUAUUCAAGUUGGUUUUACAUUAACAGCACAUGUUAUUGAUAGAUUUUCACAAAAUAUUUAUUGUGAUAGUAUUGUACCAAUUGAUAAAGAAAUUUUUAAAAAUGUUGCAAGAGUAUUUAUUUCAUUUGAAAGACAAUUUAUAUCUCGUGCUGAUUGUACCUGUACAGAAGGACCAAAAAAAGGUAGAUGGUGUAGUCAUAUUGUAGCAGCAACUAUUAUGAGAAUUGUAAAACCAUAUAGUGUUAAAAUUGAUAUACCAAUUAUUUAUCAAUUACAAAACAAAAAUCUUGAUGAAGCUAAAAAUAUUUGUAUGCAUAUUAUACCAAAUCUUACACCAGAAAAAAUGCAUGAUCUUUUUAAUAUAUUAGAAAAUAUUGAUUGUAGUAAACCAAAUAAUAUAUUAUCUCAAGGUUUCAUUGAUGUAACAACAGGUAUGGGACAUGGAACAAUAUUAACAAAAUUAAGAUUUAUAUUUCAAACAAUUACACCAAUAAUUUUGUCAUAUGAUGAUAUACAUUUAAAUUUAAAUGUUGUUGAUUAUGAAUCAUUGGCAAUGCCAUUACAUGCUGCUUCUUUAACAGAACAAACUGUUAGAUUUUUAAAAUUAACUUCAAAUAAUAAAUCAUUAAUUAAUUUAUCAAGUUCAUUAAUGAAAGUACAAGAAAUGGUUUAUAAAUUUGAAAAUUGUGGUUUAUAUGCAUCAUUAGUAUUUUUAAUUAGAAUACUUGAUAAUGAUCGUAUAGAAAAAUAUAUAGCUAGUUCCAGAGAUAAAAGUUUAAAUGUUUAUAGAUCAAUUUUUGGAAGUGAAUGUCGUCCUCGUAUUGAUAUGGUUGCACAAAUAAUAAAUAUGUGUCCAGAGACUGUUGAAAAAGAAGCAAAAAUAAAAAUAAUUUACUAUAUUAUUAAUGAGUGUGGAAGUUAUUUAAGACAUUAUAUUCACUCUAAAGAUAUUACAAAAAAUGAUCUCUUACUAUUAAGACAUUUAUGUUUUGUUAUACUUGCACGCCAUAGUAAUAUAUUAUAUAGAAAUAAUUCAAUAUUGGAAGGGAAUACUGAUUCAUUUACUAAUAUUUAUAAAUCAUCAUUUGAUAGGCAAAUAUUACAAACUAUUAAAGAAUGUAAUAUAGUUAUGUAUGAUAAAUAUCAACAUAUUGAUAAUGAAACAUAUUUUAGAGGUAUUAGAAAUUUACCAAAUUAUGAAAAUGAAUUAAAAAAUAAUCUUUUAUUACAAGUUAUAAAUGAAUUUAUUGAUAAAUCUGGUCCUAUAUAUAGAUUAAUUUUUGAACCAGCAUUUGCUGAAACAAUUUAUUUAAAUUCAACAUUUCCAAAUGUAGAACAAUUAAUUGAAAUGAAAAAUAGAAUUUAUAAUCGUUUUGAUAUAAAAUUAAUAUGUCAAAAAAAUAAUUUAUUUAUUAAUUCAAGUACAACUUAUGAUUAUGUUAAUUUUAUUAAAGAUAAUCUUCAAGAUUGGGUAGAAAUGAAAAAAAAUAUUGAUAAGAUAUAUUUUUGUAAAAAUGAUAUUAAUCAAAAUCAACCUAUAGAAGGUAUAUUAUGUUGUAAAUGCAAAUAUCCUAUAGAUGGUGAACAUGAAGAUAAUAAAAAUAUUUUAAAAGAAAAAUAUAGAGAAAUUUAUACAAAUAUAAAAUUAAUUUAUGAUAUGACACUUGUUAUUGGAAAAGAUAUGUUAUAUAUGUAUAAAAUUGAAUCAUUUUGUGAUUUAAUAUUUUCUGUUCUUAGUCAUCCAAGACCAUUUUUAUUUGAUGAUGAUGAAGAAGUAUAUAUUUGGGCAGUUCAGGAUAAACUUUUUUCUCUUAUAGAAACUGGUAUGGAAGAUAAUGAUUGUCAAUAUAUAAUUAUUAAAACUUUUUUUAAUAAUUUUGAAAAAAUAUUUUACUUAUGUAAGAUAGCUAAAGAUCCUAAUAAUAGAAUAAUUUUAAAUAUAUCAUUUUUGAUAAAAAUGUCAACUUAUUGUGAAAAUUAUCUUCAAAAUCAUGGUGAAGUUAAUGGAAUUAGUAUUGAAGAAUUUAAAAAAAAAUAUUAUGUUAUUAUUUGUUCAUCUUUAGAAUAUCGUCCUAAUGUCAAAGAAUGUGACUUUCCAUUAUUUUAUGAAUGUUAUUAUAUAACAAGAAGGCAUAUUAUUAUUGAAUGUAUUCGUAAAGCUUCAAGUUCACCUAAUAUUCUUCAUGUUAUGGUUAAUCAAAUAUUGGAUACAAAUUAUGGUCAUUUAUAUUCAGAUCAUAGAGCAAAUUGUUACUCACUUGAUCCUGAAAAAUGUUGUCACAACAAAAAAAGGCCAUAUCAAAAAUGUUAUGGUUUAUAUGCAAGACAUAUGGUUCAAUUAACUAAAUGUAUUUUUAUUGCUGCUGGGGGAAGUUUUGAUUCAGCUAUAUUUUUUGAUUUUGAUGGUCCACCAAAUGGUCGUGGUAUUAGAAAUGAUAUUUUAUAUAAAAUUGCUUUACUUUUUGCUUGUUAUGUUGGUUCUUUAAAAGUUCAAGGUAAUUAUUUACAUAAUCGAGAACAUGUAAAUUAUGUUUUUACUGUCUUCCGUCCUUAUGAUAAUUUUCAUCCUGAAGCAAUGAAUGUAUUAAAAAUUAUAAAAUGGGAAAAUUGUUUUAGACCAAUGGAAAUGUAUGCAUUACUUACAACAGCAAUGCAAUCAAAUAAUGAUAAUAUAAUAAAAAGUUUAGAAGAUUUAUAUAUACAAAUUCUUAAACAUAUAGAUAAUUUACGAGGUAAUGCAGCUAUUGAUAUGUUAAAUUUUUUAAAAUUAAGAAAAAAUGAUGACGUAGUAUAUAAGGGUCUUUGUUCUAUACUUGAUAUGAAUAAAAAAAUUAAUAUUUGUGAUUUUGAAAAUGAAAAUUUAAAUGGAGAAUAUAUAAGAAAUCAUUUGUCUUUUGGUCAUUUUUAUAGUAAUGAAAUUGAUGGAAAAAUAUACUAUGAAAGUGGAAAACAAUUUUUACUAUUAUUUAUGAAAGGUAUUUAUCGAAAAAUAACUGGAAAAACAAAUGAAUAUAUUGAAGAUCAUUUAAUACCACUUUGGGUUGAUACUGAAACAAAAACACUACGUGAUUUUCGUAAUACAUCAUCUUCAGAUUUUACCCAUGAAAUUGAAAAAUUACAACAUUUUCAAAAUUUACAAUAUAUACAAAAUAUGUGUUUUCAAAGAACACAACCAGUUAAUAAUAUGUUUUCUCAAAAUGGAUAUUCUAAUAAUGCAAUAAAUAAUGGGCAUCAAGCAAGAUAUCCAAGAAACAAUGGAAACAAUAUAAGACAUGAUAAUAUUAUAAAUCAUCAAAUGCCACAAAUUUAUUAUUCACCACUACAAAAUACACCUGUUGAUAUACCAUCAAUAUUUCUUGAUCAUAAUAUAUUUUGUGCAUACAACUACAAGAGUGAUUUUAAUGAAAUGUCUGAAAAUCCAUUAGUAAAAAAUAUUCCAAUUAACUAUGAUUAUUUUACACCACAUUUUGAGACAUUCAAUUCUAUUAUUUUAACAACACCAACACCAUUAAAUGAAAAAGAAAUAACUAUGUUAGAUGGAGCUUUUGAUUUAUUAAUAAGAUAUCUUUUUACAAAUACAGAUAAUAUUUUUUCAAAAAAUUAUGUUAUCAAAAAUUGUAAUGCACCACCUAAUUAUAGACAUAAUGUAAUGUAUAUUUGUGAAUUUUCUUGUCAUCUUGGUCCACUUGCUAUUAGUACAUUUUUGGAUGCUGUUACUUAUACUGUUAAUUAUCUUGAUCUUAUUUGUGAUAUAUAUCGUGUUAUUUUACCAUUAGCUUUUGUUAGAAAAAUAAAUCAACCAUAUAAGUCAAGAUUUGUACCACCAAUAGUUAUUAGUUGGAAAGAUGAAGAAAAAACAGCAUUAUGGAGUGAAAAUUUUUUUGUUCCAUCUUCUUAUUUUCGUAAUGAUAAUUGGAAAAAAUAUGGUGAUCCAAUAAAUCUUUAUCGAAAACAACAACCUUUAGUUGUAGAAAUUGAUCAAGAAUUAUUAAAAUAUAUUGAAAAUAAUUAUAAAACUCAAGGGUAUCCUGAGGUGUAUGGUCGAUUUGCUAAAUUUGUAGCACAAUUACUAUAUGUAAGAUUAAAUUAUAUGUUAAUGGGAAAUAUGUCAUUAGAUGGUAUGAAUCAUGAAUUUGAAAAAUUCAUUAAACAAACAACUAAAAUUUUUGGAGAACUUUUUGUUAUAAAUAACUCAAAUAGACCAUUUACUCAACAACUGUUAAAAAAAUUCUUUGGAAAUUUCCGUCGUCAAAAUGGAUUUAAGAGAGAUGCUUAUAAUUGUUUUAAAUCAAAAUUAAAUCCUUAUAUUGCAUAA